UGCUCGCUGCUGGCUCCGCUGCCGCCGCCGCCGCCGCCUCCACCGCCGCCUCACACACUCGGGGAGCGGGAGCGCGGCGCGGACGCGGAGCCGCCGGGGCUGCUGCGCCUGUAGCCCGCCGGAGCCGGAACCUGAACCGCAGCGCCAGCCCGAGCCGUGCGAGCCGCAGCCCGGGCCGGGGCCGGUGGUGGCUCAUGGACUGCAAGGCCCGCGGCCGGCGCUGCCCGGAGGCGGCCUUCCUGAUUCCAGAGCCUGCCCGGAUGGGGCCCCCGAGGCCCAGCCCAGGCCGUGGGGGGCAAGGAUUGUCGAUGCCCCCCUUGCUGCUGGCACUGCUGCUACUCCUGCUGGCUCCAUCCCCAGGCCACACCACGCAGGUGGUGUACAAGGUGCUGGAAGAACAGCCACCCAACACCCUCAUUGGGAGCCUCGCAGCUGACUACGGUUUACCAGACGUGGGCCACCUGUACAAACUAGAGGUAGGCGCCCCGUACCUGCGGGUGGAUGGCAAGACAGGUGACAUCUUCACCACCGAGACCUCUAUCGACCGUGAGGGGCUCCGUGAAUGCCAAAACCAGUUCCCUGGUGAGCCCUGCAUCCUGGAGUUCGAGGUAUCCAUCACGGACCUCGUGCAGAAUGGCAGUCCCCGGCUGCUUGAGGGCCAGAUAGAGGUACAGGACAUCAAUGACAACACACCCAACUUCGCCUCACCAGUCAUCACGCUGACCAUCCCUGAGAACACCAACAUCGGCUCACUCUUCUCCAUCCCAGUGGCUUCAGACCGUGAUGCUGGCCCCAACGGUGUGGCAUCCUAUGAGCUGCAGGCCGGGCCCGAGGCCCACGAUCUAUUUGGGCUGCAGGUGGCAGAGGACCAGGAUGGGAAACAGCCACAGCUCAUCGUGAUGGGCAACCUGGACCGGGAGCGCCAGGACUCCUAUGACCUCACCAUCAAGGUGCAGGAUGGUGGCAACCCCCCGCGUGCCAGCAGUGCCCUGCUGCGCGUCACUGUGAUGGACACCAAUGACAACGCCCCCAAAUUCGAGCGGCCCUCCUACGAGGCCGAGCUGUCUGAGAACAGCCCGAUAGGCCACUCGGUCAUCCAGGUGAAGGCCAAUGACUCAGACCAAGGUGCCAACGCAGAGAUAGACUACAUGUUCCACCAGGCACCUGAAGUCGUGAGGCGUCUUCUGCGACUGGACAGGAACACUGGACUUAUCACUGUGCAGGGCCCCGUGGACCGUGAGGACCUAAGCACCCUGCGUUUUUCUGUGCUUGCCAAGGACCGAGGCACCAACCCCAAGAGUGCCCGUGCCCAGGUGGUGGUGACCGUGAAGGACAUGAACGACAACGCCCCCACCAUUGAGAUCCGGGGCAUAGGCCUGGUGACCCAUCAAGAUGGGAUGGCUAACAUCUCAGAGGACGUGUCAGAGGAGACAGCAGUGGCCCUGGUGCAGGUAUCGGACCGCGAUGAGGGAGAGAAUGCAGCUGUCACCUGUGUGGUAGCAGGGGACGUGCCCUUCCAGCUACGCCAGGCCAGUGAGACGGGAAGUGACAGCAAGAAGAAGUACUUCCUGCAGACCACCAGCCCACUGGACUACGAGAAGGUCAAAGACUACACCAUCGAGAUUGUCGCCGUGGACUCCGGCAACCCCCCACUCUCUAGCACCAACUCUCUCAAGGUGCAAGUGGUGGACAUCAAUGACAAUGCACCUGUCUUCACCCAGAGCGUCACGGAGGUCAGCUUCCUGGAGAACAACAAGCCGGGCGAAGUGGUGGCGGAGGUCACGGCCAGUGAUGCCGACUCGGGCUCCAAUGCUGAGCUGGUUUACUCUCUGGAGCCUGAGCCGGCUGCCAAGGGCCUCUUCACCAUUUCACCCGAGACUGGAGAGAUCCGGGUAAAGACAUCCCUUGAUCGGGAACAGCGGGAAAACUAUGAAUUGAAGGUGGUGGCAGCUGACCGGGGUAGCCCCAGCCUCCAGGGCACAGCCACUGUCCUCAUCAAUGUGCUGGACUACAAUGACAAUGACCCCAAGUUUAUGCUAAGUGGCUACAACUUCUCCGUGAUGGAGAACAUGCCAGCACUGAGUCCAGUGGGCAUGGUGACUGUCAUUGAUGGGGACAAGGGGGAGAAUGCCCGAAUACAGCUCACAGUGGAGCAGGACAAUGGUGACUUUGUCAUCCAGAAUGGCACAGGCACCAUCCUCUCCAGCCUGAGCUUUGAUCGGGAGCAGCAAAGCACCUACACCUUCCAGCUGAAGGCGGUGGACGGCGGCGUCCCACCUCGCUCAGCUUACGUUGGCGUCACUAUCAAUGUGCUGGAUGAGAAUGACAACGCACCCUUUAUCACCGCCCCUUCCAACACCUCCCACCGGCUGCUGACCCCCCAGACGCGUCUUGGUGAGACGGUCAGCCAGGUGACAGCUGAGGACAUUGACUCUGGUGUCAAUGCUGAGCUGACCUAUAGCAUUGCUGGUGGCAACCCCUACGGACUCUUCCAGAUUGGGUCACAUUCAGGUGCCAUCACCCUGGAGAAGGAGAUUGAGCGGCGCCACCAUGGGCUGCACCGUCUAGUGGUGAAGGUCAGUGACCGCGGCAAGCCCCCACGCUAUGGCACCGCCUUGGUCCACCUUUAUGUCAAUGAGACCCUGACCAACCGCACGCUGCUGGAGAACCUGCUGGGCCACAGCCUGGAUACGCCACUGGACAUCGACAUUGCUGGGGACCCAGAAUAUGAGCGCUCCAAGCAGCGUGGCAACAUCCUCUUUGGCGUGGUGGCUGGUGUGGUGGCCGUGGCCUUGCUCAUCGCCCUGGCAGUGCUUGUGCGCUACUGCCGGCAGCGGGAGGCCAAGAGUGGCUACCAGGCCGGUAAGAAGGAGACCAAGGACCUGUACGCCCCCAAGCCCAGCAGCAAAGCCUCCAAGGGAAACAAAAGCAAGGGCAAGAAGAGCAAGUCCCCGAAGCCUGUGAAGCCAGUGGAGGACGAGGACGAGGCUGGGCUGCAGAAGUCCCUCAAGUUCAACCUGAUGAGCGAUGCCCCUGGGGACAGCCCCCGCAUCCACCUGCCCCUCAACUACCCGCCAGGCAGCCCUGACUUGGGCCGCCACUACCGCUCUAACUCCCCACUGCCUUCCAUCCAGCUGCAGCCACAGUCACCCUCAGCCUCCAAGAAGCACCAGGUGGUGCAGGACCUGCCGCCCGCAAACACAUUUGUGGGCACUGGGGACACCACGUCCACGGGCUCUGAGCAGUACUCCGACUACAGCUACCGCACCAAUCCCCCCAAAUACCCCAGCAAGCAGUUACCUCACCGCCGCGUCACCUUCUCCGCCACCAGCCAGGCCCAGGAGCUACAGGACCCGUCCCAGCACAGUUACUACGACAGUGGGCUGGAGGAGUCCGAGACGCCAUCCAGCAAGUCAUCCUCAGGGCCCCGACUCGGUCCCCUGGCUCUGCCUGAGGAUCACUAUGAGCGCACCACCCCCGAUGGCAGCAUAGGAGAGAUGGAGCACCCUGAGAACGACCUGCGCCCUUUGCCUGAUGUCGCAAUGACGGGCACAUGUACCCGGGAGUGCAGCGAGUUUGGUCACUCUGACACAUGCUGGAUGCCCGGCCAGUCGUCUCCCAGCCGCCGGACCAAGAGCAGCGCCCUCAAACUCUCCACCUUCGUGCCUUACCAGGACCGAGGAGGGCAGGAGCCUGCGGGCGCCGGCAGCCCCAGCCCCCCGGAAGACCGGAACACCAAAACGGCCCCCGUGCGCCUCCUGCCCUCCUACAGUGCCUUCUCCCACAGUAGCCAUGAUUCCUGCAAGGACUCGGCCACCUUGGAGGAAAUCCCCCUGACCCAGACCUCGGACUUCCAACCGGCAGCCGCACCGGCAUCUGCCCAGACGGCCAAGCGUGAGAUCUACCUGUGAGCCCCCUUCUGGCCUGCGGCCAACCCCUUGUCCAGCCGCCGGCCAGCUCCCAGAUGGGCCCAUUCCAGGGCCCCACUCCUGACCCCUCCAGUGUGGACUUCCUGGCCAGGGCCCCAAGUGGGGGGGGGGGGCGUGCAGUACUGGCCUCAUGACCACGCUGCCCUUCCCCUAUGCAGGGUCCAGGUCCUCUUCCCUCACUUCAGCCCCCAGCCCCCAGGGAGCCCCUUCUUCCCCUUCAUGGGGCUUCCCCAGCUGACGCCCAAGAGAGCUCUUCUACAGUGACUAGGCUCCCAUCCCUCGACUUCCAGGGAGCACCCCCUUACUUUGGGUAGAUGGUGGAAUCAAGGGUGGGCAACACACUUUUAAUUCAUUGUUUCCCGCAUGGCCGACCAGGGCGGAGAUAGGAUGCCCCCAUUCCAGCACUGAAGCAGGGCUGAACUGGGGAGCCCUUCUCCCUGGGAACUCCCAGAGGCAUCUCCUGACCACCAGGGGCUCCCUGAAGGGCUUUUGUUACCAAAGGUGGGGUGGGGAUGGGGGUGGGAGUGGGCGGAGGCCUUGUCUUCCCAUACUCCUCCUGGGCUGACCUGCCCACCACAUGCCCAUGCCUGUCCCACCUGGGCCCCCUUCCCUGCUGGUCAUGCAGUGUCUGUAUAUAAGGACCUUGGAAUGAUGUCCCCAUUUCUGCCUGAUUUGCAACUUUUCUCGUUGAUGUUGUGUUGUCUUGGGGGACCCCUCUGGGGGAGCCUGCCCUGUGUCCCCCACCCCAGGCCUCUAUUGUUCCAUGUUGUAAAUACCUGGGGCCGCGGCGGGAUGGGGGUGCAGGCCAGGGAAACAA